UACCUGGCAACGUUGAUCGUAAGUGACGCCGCGAGUUCUGUGUUAUGCACGAAAGGUUAAGCUUCUUUCGUAUUGCGUUUUUUCAGGCCAGAUUCAUCAAGUAACGCACUAAAAUAUAAAAGUUUUACGUGUAAUUUAGAUGACUUGAAUAUACAUUACAGUUUGGGUGUUUACCUGUAAAGACGAGUGUACAAAAUUUGGUUUAAAUUGCCACAGCAUUUCAAUUGUGUUGAAAUUUCAACAUGGCGCCCAUGCCGGAGGACGAAAUUACUCUGCGAUUAGAGUACUGGCCGGAUGAACUAAGUCCUGCCCAGAAGGCGGCCUACGAGAAAGCCGAAAAAGAGCACAAUGAUAUUCGAAAUAAGCUGAAAGAUUUAGUAAAAGAGGCUGGGGGAAAAAAUAUUUUUUCCGGAGAAGUGUUUACUGCUUAUCAGGUUUUAGGACCAGUACCGGGAUUGGAACAAAUAUCUAAACCGAUCACUUCAUUGGCUAAGAAGAAACCACCACCACCGCCACCCCCUACGCCCGCUACACCAUCUGGAUCAAAGCGCAGUGCUUCGCCACCGGUGGAUAUUGGUAAGCGAAAGAGUAGAAGAUCAGAAUACAGAGCAGAGGAUGCCGACAACGCAGGAGACUUCGCCCCUGAUGAUGAGGACGAAGAGUAUAUUCCGCUAUCAAAACGAUUAGAAAUGAAGCGCAAGGCCGCUAAAGAAGCAGCUGCCAAGGAAAUUCCAAAGAAAAAAGAAGAUAAGAAGAUUGUCGAAAAGAAGGUUGAUUUGAAAACGCCCAAGAAACCGGAAAAGCCUCAGAGUAUUAUGGCCAGCAACGUACGACCAACGGAGGCAACCUCGAUUGGGGGAUUACUCGUUGGUGGAGAUAAAGAAAGAAAGAAAAUUACUGCAGAACCAACGGCAAUUGUGGAUCUCACAAAAGAUGAUGCUGGCAAGCCUCUGGCAGAUUCUAGAGAGAUUUCGUUUAGUAAGAUUCAAGGUAAGACGUUCCCGUCUUUGGUAGUCAUCGCGAGACCAUCACUACGAUCGACUGAAAAAAUUCCUGCUGAUCGUCCUCAACUGGAUGCCAAGGUCAAAAAUGUUCUUAUGCAUACCGCGACGAAGUUCACCGAAUGGCUAAUACAACAAGGUCUUGUUAAGUCGGAACAGUUUUGUCUAGUACAUCGCGGAACGGCUCUUAAACUGGGAAUGUACUCGGAUGCUUCAAAAUUCCCUUAUUCAGGAGGAUACGUUUGGAUAAGCGAAUGUUGUCCAACCAGGUUUAUCUCCGUUUUCAAUGGAUCACUGUUUGAGGGAUCGCCUCAUCCGCCCUCGGUAAUCCUGAAGUUGAUUUACCACUGGAGUUGUCAGACCAAUGUUUCGAAUGUUGUUAACUGGGUUAAAGUGGACAACUUGUAUGUGAAAGGUUUAUACACUUGGCUACGAUCCGUGUGCUCCGUGGCGCUCAGUCAGCAUAUGAAAUUAUUGGGAGGAAUCGGCAAAAAGAUUGAAGUUGGUGUGAUUUCGCUUGGAACGACCACUCAGGAUGGUCAACAGCGGCAAGUUAAGGUGGAGGUGUUAGGUGUGCUUGAUCCUGAGGCCAAACUGGUUCGGCUGCGUGCCGUAGAGCCGCUAAGUGACGGUGAACGUAACUACAAAAAACGAUUCUCAAAAAUCUUGGAACCAUUAAGUGGAUGGGUGCACAAAGAUAGUGUCAUUCUGACGGAUCUUACAGUAGACAAGGGCACUUUAAAUAACAUGGGCUAUAAGAUCGUUCAACAAGUUUCUCCAGCGGACGCAAACAAUAAAAACAGCAACGCGAACAUCAUGGAUUAUUUGCGUCGCAUUGUCCCACGCAUGUUCCAGAAUACAUUGUCGCUACUAUCCCGGCAAAUUAUUCAGCAGUUCUUGAAUGAACUGGUGUGGCGUGAAUCGUUUGGGGUUUCCCCUGGUCAAGCAUUCGAUCACAUUGUAAUGCAUAUAGCCGAGCAGACCAAGAUCGAGACGAAGGAUAACCUGGUGACCCGGCUGAACAAGGCGGCCGCUGAUCCAUUCAAGCAUUGGACAUAUCCGAUCGAGUCGUUCAGUUCGCCGAAACCAAUGGGGGCCAAGCGAGGACGUAAACCGAAGGAACCAUCUCCCCCACCACCACCGGCUCCGGAAGCCCCGAAAAAAAUCAUUUUGAAAAAGCUGAAGCGCGAAGAGGAGAAAUCGGCAGCGUUGGUCAGUAGUGCUCCAGCGAAAAAGUCUCGCCCACCACCAGAGGAGAAGGAAGAACUGGUUCCACUGGAAUCCUAUUACUACGGACAGCUAGAUACGGUCGACACGGAAGUGAAGGAAGGAGCCGAACCGGCCGAUUUCAACGUCACCUGUCCGGAAUGUCCGACUACCUUCCGGAACAAUGUAGACUUCCAGGACCAUCUGUUCCGGCACGCCAAUCCCAUCCAGGACGGACAGGUGCAAUGUCGCUACUGUCUGGAGAAUUGGGGAACCGAAGAUGCACUCAAGAAGCACACGAUCUUGAUUCACUCUUUGGAGACAAAGAAUUCAGUCGCUUCCACGUUCAACUGUUUAAUUUGCGAGCAACGAUUCGGGACAACACAAAUGUUAGCGUCCCAUUUACAGAAAAAUCAUCUGCAGAUGGAACUGCCCUACAAGUGUGCCGGUUGCGACUAUAAGAGUUCCUCGCAUCAUCUAACAAUCGAUCAUUUCUACCAGAAACACAACCAGUCCGGGCUGAUUCAGUGUCCGUUCUGUCUCAAAAUGACACUGGUGUGCAAUAGUGACGGGCCUAUCGCAGAAAACGUGAGCGACUUUAUGAAGCACCUGAAAGCACAUUUCAAUAAGACUUUGGCGAAAAAGUGCACCAAGUGUGCUCUCAGUUUCAUCACACGGGGAGCUCUCAAGGUGCACGGAUUAUUCGCUCACGUGGUCACGAAAUCAUUCACGAGCAUCAAACCCAUCACGAAAUCGUCGACAAACAUCCCCAAACCAAAAUUCAAGGCUGUGGUCCAGAAAGAACUGACUACAUUCAAAACGAUUGAGUCGUACGGCAGCUUGACACUGAAUAUGGCCUGCGGAAAAGUUUGCCUCGAGUGUGAUAAUGAUUUCGACGAGGAUAACCACAUAAUUGGUUUGGUAAAGUGCUUAAAGUGCACCUUCAAAACGGCCUGUCUUCCGUCAAUAGUGGGCCACACGACAUCGUGCAAUCCAAAUGCUACUUCCGAUUAUUCUGUAUUCCAGUUGGAUGCAGAGAUGCAUUGCAUCUGUGGUUUUUCCUCAUCAGAUGGAAACGCCCUAGCUCGUCAUUUGGUCACCUGUGAUCGGAAGAGUGUUUAUCCGACUGUCGAAGCAUGUCAAGAGAAUACCGUCAAACGCAACAUGCUGGACAUGCUUGGUUUGGUUCGCCGUGAUGAUGAAGGCGGUGAUGACGUUUCCGAACAGGCUCCAUCUGCUGUUGUGGAAAGCGAGCCGGAGGCUUCAACCUCAGAACAAGCGGGAUUUUCAGGUGGCGACACUACUUCGAUUGCGUAUGAUCCUUCGCAGUCUCUUUAUAACAUCGCUGGAACGGGAAAUGAACAGUUCAACACACAGCUCUCAUUAGAUGAUUUGGGUCCGCCGUCGGUACUUGCGCAACAGCAGCAGGACACCGACAGGACACCCCAGCUGAAGGAUGACUAUCAAUCGUUGGCUACGCCUCGGGUUCCUCAGAUGGACACCGACCAGGGAGAGUACGACCAACAGGAAGGUGGCUUCUAGGGAUAGCAAGAGAGCACAUAAUAUUAGUAGAAAGGUAAGAGAUUACUAAACGAAAUAUUCUGAAUCCGUAAAUCUAUAUUAUACACUUACAUUACUCAACAGUGAAAUUUGUAGUUACUAUAAAAUAAAUUAUUGGUAAUUUAUAACUGUAGGGUGUUGAUGGAAGAUUGGAACUAACAUUUCCGAUUCCCUCGAGAAUAUUCAGAUGCAUAAAUAUUCAAACAUGUAUUUUAUUUUUGGAAUUCAUAUUUUUCAUAUCUUUUAAGUUCUGAUUAGCUUCCUACAAUAUUUGAAUAAACUCUUUGCUGCCGGAUAAAAUACACAGUUUGU